AGUAAAAAAAAAACAGAAGAGAAGAAGAGGAUUCUUUUGUGUAUGUGUGUGUAUUAGUUCGACGACAACGACGAUUUCUCAACAAAGAACACCACAACCUGCGUUGAGAAAGUAACAACGUAUACAUAUACAUCGCGUAUAUACACGUAUACAUAUAAUACAAGAGAAUCAAGCGGAGAGCCUUAGACAAAAAAUCUCCGCCACGGUGGUACCGUAUUAAAUAUUAAAACAACAACAGCAACGAUCCGCAAGAAAAGAGGCUCUUUUUCAUCGCCACUCGACCAAGUUCUACUCGUCCUGUUGGCAAAACACACACGGCAGUUGGCUAGCCGUUGUGUGUCCGUGUCUGUGUGUGUGUGUACGCGCCAGUGAGUGUGUCUGUGUGUCUACGUCGCCCGUUGUGGUGUGUCGUCCCGUUCAGAGAGUAGUGUGCGCGAACCAGCAAAAAAAAAAGCAAAGAAGAAGCAAAUCCAACGUUGAAAAUUCUCCUCUUUCUUCGAGGCUCUCUCUAUCUCUUCGACUCUUUUUUUUCUAUACCACACGUCUCCGUGUCUGUGCGUCUGCGUGUCUGUGUUGUAACGACGACGGACAACACCAGCAGCAACUUGGGAGCCUGACGUUGCCCCGAGGGAUUUUCUUGUAUCGCCUACCCAUUUGGACGGACCAAGACAAAAGGUUCGUUCGCUGGGUCUGAGCAGUCCUAAAUGGUUGCCUGCAGACAGUAUGUCUACUCUGUCAGGGAUUGCUUCGAAGGGGGAGAAAGGAAAAACCAAGUAUCAAUCGAUAGACAUCAAUAGUUUGUACCGCACCAGCAGGGGAGAGUCUUUGGAACAACAGCAACAAAAAAGCACGGUACCACGUAAACAUGGAAUGCAAACAUUGGGAAAGGUGCCCUCAGCCAGGCGACCUCCAGCUAACUUGCCAAGUCUGAGGAGUGAGACCAGCAGCAGUGAUCCAGCAGUCGCUCUAGUACCAAGCGGUGGUAGUGGUUGGGCCACAACCAAGGAAUCAGCACCUACUACAAACACUGUAACUUCAACCAACACCCCCACAAAUACAACACACGUAAAUUCUACACCAACACAAUGUGCAACAGGACCCAUACCUGCAAAAACACCUUCAUUAACACAACAACAGCAUCCAUCACUGCCAGGACAAAAUCAACACCAAACAGAUUCAGGAAAGUCAUCAUGGAGUGCAAUAAUGAGCAAACAAGGCGAUGUUGGAGGCGGACCUGUAGCAGGACAGCAGCAAACACAACAGAACCGCGAAAACGCACAAUAUGGUCCCGGGCCAAGUCUACGUCCCCAAACAGAAGGAAGCUGGAGCCAAGGUGGAAGUCGCAUAGCGGGUGGUGCACCGGGAUCAGCAGGAGCGGCCGGCGCUGGGAAUACUCAGGGGGGCCCGGGCCCCCACUUGGGUGGUCCCAGUCCAGCGGAAGCUGCCGCUGGCGUACGAACGAACUCGGCCCAAUCGCAAGGCAUGGCAGGGGGCCAGGCAGGCCAGAAUGCAGCAGCUGGUGGUGCCUCACAAAAUAAUCAGGCUAAUCAACAACAACCUGGAAUGAGUAAUAUGCACCAUUACAGAGGAAUCAUUCCCCCAUUUAUGUAUAAAGGUCAACUGGCUGCGGGAAAUAACUUCCCUACUCAGUUCCCAGCGACUGGUCCACGACCACGUUUCAAUUAUACAGGCGAUCGUGCAUCACCUCGCCAACAAGAGCGCGAGUCUCGCCAGCCACCCCCAGAAGAAGAAAUUGUGACGCGUCCAAUUAUCAAAGAAGAGGACUUGUCUCGCAUGGACGACAUUUCGCGUGAUGCCGGUUGGACCGCCUCCGAUGACAUAGAUUAUAAUCAAAAACUUGCUUUCAGCGAUGAGGAAGGUGAUGAGCCAUCGAGCAACCAUCACUCACAGUCUCAUCAACAGUCUUCAUCUAGCGCUGCAAGUUCUAAAAAAAUAGAAGACAGUCGAAAGGAAUCAGACCACAAAAAAGAUCAUUCUGAAGAGAAAGAUAAUUUACCCUCCAGAGAAAAAGAACAUCCACCACAGUCCAAGGAUAAUCGCAAUGACAUGCAGUCCAUGCGUUCUUGGAACCAGCAAGGACCACCACGUGACUAUCGUGGACAGUCAGCAGCACCCUCAAAUAAUUAUCCUCCUCAGCAACCAUCAAGAUCGUCCCACGCUAUCAGAGAUGAAGAAGAGUUAUGGAACCAGCGACGUCGCGAACAGGCCGAGAACAUGAACUCGGUCGUGAUACGCGCUCGUCAGCGCAAAGAGGAAGAAGAGAAGCGGUUCCUCGAGCAGACCAAGCAGGCUGCCGCCAAGAAAUUGCAAGAUCUCGAGAACAAGUUGCGCGAGAAGAAGCAAAAGGACGAAGAGCAGCAAAAGCAGCAGGCCGGUAAUAGCGAGAGCAAGUCGAGCGUACCACCGGCAGCGUCCGCAAUCAUGCCCGAGUGGAAGCGAGAGACGCGGUCGCGCACUUCCUCCUCGGACGCGUCGUCGAGCAAAGACAGCCAGCAGCAGGCCGGCGCAACUGACAAACACCAAGCAACAAGUGAGUUUCGCCAGAUUGAACGUCCCUCUUUCAUGCGCCAACAACAGCAACAGCAGUCGGCUGGAGCAUCGAACGCUUCCUCCUCCAUGGAACCGUCGAGUGGCCCGUCAGCGCGCGAGCCCGCUUUCUCCCGUCACUUUCAGAGCAAUCUGCCGCCGAGAUUUCAAAAGCAGCAGGCCGAGAGGAGCGGUGCAGCAGCUGCACAGGCUCAGACCAAUAAUCGACUUUCCCCAAGCACCGAGCGCUCCUCGCAGCCCGUUUCAUUUUCGCAGCAAUAUGACCCUGGUCGAUGGGUCCAUAACCAUGCUAACUCAUUGAACAACAGUAUGAAACCUGGCCCAAGACGCAUGGACGAGCGCGAUCGUGAGCGUGACCGGGACGACGAUGCUAGGGACCGUCGCAGCAGUGGUGGCAGCGGAUCCCAUCGUCGCUUCGAACCUGCCAGAAAGCAGUCCAGCAACGAGUACUACGACGAUUAUCCACGUCGCGAUCGCGAUCGUUACUCGUCCGGCAAGGAAUACGACUACGACGACAAUCGACGCAACAGUGGCAGCUGGGCUGACCAACAUCCCGACCAGAGGCGCGGUUACGACGACAAAGACAGCAGAGAUCACAGAGACAGAAAGGAUCACGAUGGAUACAGCAAGGGAUCGCCUCAGGAGCACGCGUUCGACGAUCAGCAGCCCAGCGACUUGCGCCACGGCGCUCGCAGCGACAACAACAGCUCCGGCGACUGGCACGAGAGUCGCGUGUCCCACGACGACAGCGGCCGACGCAGCGUCAGCAGUGCUGAUCUCGGCCAUCGUUCCGAGAACGAGCGGCCGACGCGUCCGGAUUCCCGGGACUCGCGCACUUCGCGUACCUCGGUGCACGAGGACUCGCGCAUAGCGCCUUCCACCGGCUCCUGGGCCAAUGAUUAUCCCGAGUACGAGGAGGAGCAGCUGUUGAAACAGCAAGCCCCGAAGAAGCCACUGGGUGAUAACUUCCGAGAAGACAUCCGGGACAGGGAUCGCGAUCGUCGUCAGAUGUCGGGCCCAUUGAUGGCCAAGGACAAGCAUGAUCAAGACCAGGACGUGCACAAUAAGCGCGGAGGUCCGAUGAAGCGUCACGACGAUAAGAAAGACAGUCCGAAGGAGGACAAAAAGGAGGAAUGCGUCUGGGGACGCAAAUCCGAGACUAAGAGCACGAGCUGGGCCGAUGCCAUGUCGCCAACCUUUGAAAAGGAGGAGGAAGAGAAGCAUCGCUACGGACACGACGACAAGUCGAAGAUGAGCGAUCACAAGACAGUCAACGAACUCAAGCACGGCAUGGAGAAAAUGAGCCUCGACAACAAGAAGCGCAGUCCCGCGGACGCUUCCUCGGCUGAUAUGCUCGACAAAGACGUCGACGACAAGGACGACAAGCGCGACAAGAAUGCGCGCAACCGCGCUGGCAGUGGCAGCGCUCGAGGACCGCGUCCUUCGGACUCGCGCAACGCCCGCCAAUGGCCGGACGAUCGAGACCGUGAGCGUGGCCGUGACCAACGCGACCGCGUCGAUCGCGAUCGUGCUGGAUCCAAUGCCUAUCCUUCCGCCGGCGGUCGUGAUCGCGAUCGCGACCGUGCCGAGCGCGAGCGUCCCUGGAGAAACGAGGCCAACGUGCAACCAGCCGUGUCUGCGGCCCCGUCAUCCAGGGGAGGUCGUCGCGGUCCUGGUGGCAGCAGAGGUUUGAACCGCAAGCCUGGUUACGAUCGCACCGAUUCGGAACUCAGCGGUGACGAGCUCGGUCAAGCCAGCCACGAUCAACUGCCGAAGGCUCGCUCGCCCAAGCCGUCAGCACCAAAAGCUGAAAAGGAUGAACGCAAUCGUAAUCAAUCGUCGUCGGCCUCCGCUGCGAGCAGCGCAUCCGCGUCGACGGCAGCCAGCUCUCAGCAGCAGCAGCAGCAACAACAGCAGCAGAAGAGCAGCGGUAGCAACAAGGACAUUUCCAAUGAUUCCCAGCAACGAGAUUUCGGUCCACGCGGUGGCGACAAGAGGUCCGACAGUGGAAGACCCAGUCGCGAAGGAUUUGCGCCUUCUGGUGAGCCUUCGCGUCGUGGACGUGGCGGAUUCCGUACGAACAACACGUCUCGCGGAGCACCGCCGGUCAACGUCAUUACGAGUGGCGGCGCCGCCGGCGGACGCAUGGACGGUUACGGGCCACCACCCAGUAAGAGCCCCUUUUCCACCGACAGACCGGACAAUCUCAUCGACUCCAACAAAACCAAUGCCAGCCCGUCCGAGCACUACGACCAGUCGAAUGCUCAGCUGUCGGGAGAUCAAUCGGCCGAUGAAAAGACAAUGGCUAAGCAGCAGGCCUUGACUGCUGGCCUUACGCGACACGCCAAGUCACCUAGCACUCAGGUGAACAAUCACAGUGGAGGUAACAAUGCCGGACAGCAGCAAAGCGCCGGGCCCAGACCUCCCAAGGAGAAAGAGCUCAAAUCCAAGCGUACCCGAAGCGGUAGCCGACGAGGUGGUGGUCGAGGCCGCGGUAUGUCGAUGAAGAAUGAACACGGCAACGAAGAGUGGGAGACCAACUCUGAAAACAGCGAGGAACAGCCGCUCGACGGUCAUGGACCGCCAUCGAGUCGCUCGAACAAGCCGUUUAGAAAUGAGCGCAACGCCGUUGGCAAUAAUCGCGACGCCCACGACAAUCGUGACAAUCGUCGCGGUGGCGGCAAUAGAGAUCGCGACAGAGAGCCCAGGGAGCCGAGGGAACCCAGAGAGCCAAGAGAGCCAAGAGAGCAGCAGCCCAAAGGAGGCGACAGCAAAGGUCCCAAGUCUUCCAACGCCCAGUCGAAUCGCGCUCCAGGCGCCGAGAAAGCUCGCAACGCCCAGGGAGCCGCGGACCGCAGCGGCGGAGGACCACAGCGUAACCACAUUCCACCAUUAAUACAGAAUACCCAGCUUAAUGGUCGUCCGCGCAGCCAAGGCUCAGCCAACGCUGGCCCGAUCAACAGUAUAAAGAUGGGCAAGGAGGCCCAGAUGGUGAAUCGCGUCGACGACAUCAAGCUAAAUGAUCCGAAUCUUGUUAACCAAGCUCUGAACGACAUCAAUGCCAAGAAAUCCAAGGAAAAGCGCAGCAGCGCCGGCAGUAACGUGGACCACGACGAUGGUAGCAUCAUCGACGACGCUGCAUCCGGUAAUGCCGGAGACGACGGAAAAAUCGACUCCGAUGGAUUCCAGGAAGUUCGAUCCAAGAAGAACGUCAAAGACUCCAGCAGACAACAGCAGAAGGACGAGCAACAGAACGCCAAAGCUGGUGGCAGACGCGAACGCUCCAAAUCCAAGAGCAACGGUUCCCAGUCGUCUCGUGGCGGCGAUGGCAUGCAGCAGCAACAGCAGCAGCCACAGCAGUCGCAGUCCCAGAACCAGAGCAUCCCGCCACUGAUGGGACCGCCUGGCGCUGCGGGCCAAGCGAAGCAGCAUUACGGACAGCACAAGCAGAAGCUUGCGCCGCGUUUCCAGAAACAGAAAAUGGCCAAGCAGCAAGCCGUCAACGAAUCCGUGGACAUACCGUCUAGCGCCAAGCCCGGCUCCAAGGACGGCUCAGCCGUCACUCCGGCGCCGCCGCCCGUCAACGCCUGGGACAAGCCCUUCACCAGUGGUGGCGCGGCCAAGCCGCCCUCGCCCGCUGUUGGCUCGGCGGCCGGUGACAUUCAGCUCAUGUCGGUACUGACCCCUGGCUCUGGAUCGAGCUCCAAUGCACCAAACGCCGAUCACGACUCCAAUCAAGCAGCUGAUAAUCAGCGCAACUCGCCCAACUGCGACAAAAUCAAGCUUGGCUCUAUGAAGGAUCAGACCGGUGGUCAAGAUGACACGACCUCGGCACCUGUCCAGACACUGAUAUUUGAAAAUACAAACUACUCGAAGAACACCAAGAGCAACGUAGGUUCGACUGGUGACAUGGCCAUCAAGUCAAAGUACUCCAGUCACAUGAAGCCCCAACAGAGACAAGAUUCCGGCAGCAAACGUUCCAACGACAUGGUGGAGGACAACGAGGGUGUGAAUCAGCUGCAACAGCAACAAUCACUCGCCGUUGCCUUCUCCACCAAGUCCUGUGGCGAGCUCGCCGUGGGCAAGGACAAACUUGUCCAGCAGCAGGAUGCCAUACAGAUGCCCCUCACCUUCGGCACGACAUCGGGCAGCGGCAAGGAGGACACCGCGGACAUGAAGCUGGACUUCACGUUCGAUUCUGAUCUGAGUCAGCUUACCGACGACAAGGGCAAGAGCUUGGGCAUGCCAAGGUCGAUUCAAAUGCCAAUCAACCAGAGCACCAUAUCGCCCUCGACGGCCGAGCUCAAUCUCAAGAUAGCCUCGGUCAAGAAGGUGUGGGAGAACGCGCCGCCGAUGCCCACUGUCGUCGAGCACGACGUGGUUGACCCCAACAGCGUCGUCAGCGCCGCUAACAGCUUCAAUCAGCCGUUCGAGGCCAACGACGUCGACGACGGCUACAGUGCAGCGCAUCAGCAGUACAAUCAAGCCGCCAUGAAGAACGACAUGAACGCUGCCAAUAACGUUUGCAAGCUGGUACCCCAGCAGGUGAAGCCGCAGCAACAGUCGUCGGGUGGCCAAGGCGCCCAGCCCGGCUCUGCCGUACCGGGACCAAGUCCCAUGCGGCCAGGCCAGAGCCCCAUCGGCCAUCCGCCGGCGAGUCUGCAGGGUCCUCUCAGUCCGCCGCCUUACAACUCGACCGGCCAGCCGUCGCACAUUAAUUAUCAGCAGUAUCCUGGCUCGCAGGCAGCGGCCCCGUACGGCAACAUGUCGGCGAUACCCUCGCCACCGGCCGUACUGUUCAACACCGGCUCGGGACAGUUGCCAGCUCAAGCCGGCAACUUGUACGGCGCUUUCCAAUUGGAUCAGGGCCGAUCGCCCUUCACUCAGUAUCCGCCGUACGCGCCGUCGCUGCAGAGCUCGUACAAUCAGAACAUGUACAUGCAGCCGCAGCAACCGCCGCCGCCACCGCCCCAGCCACCGACUGCUCAGCCUGAUAUUUAUCAAAGCAAUCUCUCUCAGCAAUACAGACUCGCCGCAGCCGCUGCUCCACCAUUUGGACAAAAUCAGCAGCUAAGCAAUAAUCCGAACACGGUUCUUAUUAGCUCGUCAUCGAAUUCUCUGAUGUCUGCUAGUGUUAAGCCGUCGACACAGCCUAUCGGUGCCAUUGGUACUAAGACAGGUCAUUUCCCGGCACCUUCAGCUCCACAACAGCCAAAUCAAUUGGCAUACAUUCCUUACGAUCCGCAACAAGUGUUGGGUGUCAGUGGUAACUACAUGGGCAACUCGCAGCUUGUCCAGAGACCAGGCCCCAACGUGCAACCACCGGCAAACAACUAUUACAACGCAGCAUCUGCUGGUAAACCUAACUCGAAUUUAUAUGUAUUCUCCGGAUCACAGACAGGCUUCUAUCAACAAGCUAAUGCAGCCCAGCAAACAGGUGCACAUUACGGCUUGCAAGGUUUUGGACAACACAAUCAAAAUUUACCCACUGGUAAUGCAGCUCCUGUCGGUCUCCAAAACUUUGGAUCACAAUUCCUCUCCAAUUCUGGUCUGCAAAUAGCUGCAGCUGCAGCCCAACAGUAUGCCCAACGGAAUCCUCCAGGUGGCUUACCAGGGCCAGCUAAUGCCGCUGCUAAUUUCCUCAGUAAACAUCAGCAACAAGAGCAGCCUAGACAGCUCAAGAGUCCAUCCGGAAAUCAACAAGAUGUCCUAGGCUCCGUGUUUAACUCAAGUUUGUACUCAUCACAACAAAUACCAUCUCCCAAAUCGAGAAAACAACAAGCAUCUUCACAACAACAGCAAUCCAGUUCUUCGCAGCACCACAAAUAUAACCAAUAUCAAAAUAUUAAUCAGCCUGGUCUGGUUGGCAAUUACAACAAUCAAUUCUUUAUGCAGCAGAACCGAGGAAUGCAAAUGCCACCACGUGGUAAUAUUCAACCGAAUCAACAGCAGCGACCAUACCCAGCACCCAUACAGCGACCAGCAGUUGUUCCGGGCUCAUUCGCUCCGGGUGGUCCGAACAAUUCGCAGCAGGGGCAGCAACAAAAUUGUAUUCCCAAUCAACAGCAACAACAGCAGCAACAGUCUCAAAUGAACCGACAUCGGCCUAAUAUGCAUCAACAACAGCAACAACAACAGCGAAACAUGAAAAUGCAGCAGCAACAGCAGCAGUACUAUUCAAAUCAAAGCAAUGUGAAGAUGGAUUCAGGAGACAAAGAUCCUCAUGGCGACAAAAUAUCUGAUGUCAAUGCUGGAAACUCAUCUGUAGGCGGUAACAAAGGGAACGUCAAUCCCGUUGAGAGUGACAACAAAGAAGAAGUCGGACAACAAAAUGAAUAAGUCAUCAAAAACUAUCAAGGUUUCUUGAUGACCAUUCAAUAAUUACUGUUGAAAAAAGAAUCCAUCUUUAUUUAGAGAAUUCAAUUCAAUUAUGACUAGAAACCCGUCUGUCAACUAUUAUUCUUGGCUUGGGACGAAAAUUAAUAAGCAUUAAUUGCUACUUUUAAUUAUACUCACGAUAACGAAGAUGAUAAAUCAUAUAUGCAUACACUAGAACGUAUAACUCUGGUGCAUUUUUACAUCAACUAGUUUGUAAAAUUAGGGCAAAACAUGAACUGAUAUCAGUUAAAUUGUAUGUCUAAAACGCGAAACUCACUUGGAAACAGCACAUGAAAUGGAAGCGCUGAAAGAGAUUUCUUUUUGAAUUUUAUAAUUGUACUAAUUAUGACGCUUGAAAGAUUUUUUGAACUGGCGUCUCUUGUUUCAUCUACAUAUAGCAUAAGCGCGAUGGCAUGAUUAAAUAACUUUUUAUCGAAUCAAUUCGAUAGUAUAGCAGUGGUCAAAUUUUCAACCUUUAAAUCAAUAUAAGUGUAAAAGUUUCUAUAAAUAUACUUUGCACAUUGCAGUGUAACGUAACUAAAAAUGAUGAAUCGCCACCAAAUUUUGGGCGUAAAAUUUAGAUGAGCCAAAAAAGAGUUCACUCUCGAUACAAUAGAGACAAUUAUUAAUCUCAGCUCAUAAGAAAAUUGCAAUGUAAAUCGUUGAUGCUGCGCCACGCAUUAAUGUGAUAAAACCUAAAAGAGGCCAGAAACUGCCCUUCUUCAUACACGCUGGAAGACUGUCUUUUGCUUUGGCAGAAACUUUUUGCAUAAGUACAUUAAUAAUGGCAAGCAUUUCUAUAACGUAUUUGCAAACUUUGUGCAUUCUUCUAAGUCAAAUACAUUAAAAAUAAUCUCACAAAAAGUAACAACAUUAACAUGAUAUGGACCUUGCCUUUUGCUUGGUUAUUUUGUAUUUAUAGCUGUAAAAUGUUUUCAAGUAUCGAAAGUGCAGCAUAUUAAAAGUCUCACUAUAUUUGCCAAGGCUGAUUAAUCAUUUGAAACAAAAUAAAGCCUCAUGUUUAUAUAAGAAAAAAAAGCUAAAGUAUAAGAAAAAAACAAGAAAUUAAGAAAAAUAGCAAUUGUACAUUUCCGUUGUCGUUUCUAAUUAGGUCGUCUGUUAUUAUAAUUAUUAUUAAUAUUAUUAUAUAAACAAAAAAUUCAUUAAAAUGAAAAAUAAAUGCAAGCUAUCAGCUUAAAAAAAUCAAAUUCCACCUUUGCAUAGUUUUUUAUUCGAACAUCGGUUGUGCUAAAUUACUUGUCACAGCCAAAAUAUAUACAAUAUAUAAAAAACAUCAUAUAUUAAUGAUAAUAUAUAUUAACUGACGUUACUUUCAUGACGGAAUGAGACUGGAUUCGAUUUAUCUUUGAAUUUAUCGAGAACGUAAUGAAUUUACUGCCAGUCGUUUCGACGACAACCACAAUACCUACGAAUGUUUUUCACCUUUUAGUAGAAUAAACUUCAAGUAUAAGAAUCGAAUGUGUGUAGGGGAAAAACAUAAUGUACUAUCACGUGUCGCCAAGAUGCACAAGUAAAAUUACAAAAUGAAAAUUCACAUCAAUGAUUUAAUUUGUCGUCAAAGCGUAUCACGCGAAGCUAAGUGGUCAUAAAUAAUAAAUUAAUUAUCUCUUUGCCGAGAACCGUGCGUAAACAUGAUCUUGAAUAAUCUGUUAUGUAAAUUACCUGGAUGUGUCUUAAAUUUGCAAGCAAACUGAGGAACAUGUAAUGAUUAAUGUGAAAAAAAAACUAAGGAAGCAUCAUGUUUUGUGACUUUGAACGAGAUGCGCGUGCAAUUAUUCGACGUGUGAUAAUGCCAAAUCGCAUUGAACAUUGUUAUAAUGCGCUCGGAGCUUGUGAAAAAGCGCAAAAAAAAUGGUUGCUAAUGACAGCCCGUUCGGACGAAAAACAAAAAAUUGAUCGCGUGCACGAACGAAAACGAAUUCUUCUCUAUAUUACUUUCAGAUUGUCGAUUAACAAUCUCUUAUUUUUCGUUCGAUUUGAAGUCAAAGCAGUAACGUCGAUUCAAAACUAGCUAAAGAUGAAAAAAAAAUUGAGCGAGAUGAAAUAUUCCAUUGAUUGCUAUGCAGUAGCUGCUCUACUAUAACUUUAUGGAAAUAUAAUUAUCUCUAUCUUCCUCGUUGUUUUAGUUGUAAUUAACAUUUGUGUUUGGACGUGUACAUUUAGCGGACGAAUAUUGUCACAGGAAAGCAUAUUAAAGUAAUACCUGCCACAAUGAUUAACGUAGUGACAAAAAAGUGCGUACAAUAUACUUGUGAUUGCUGAAUAAAUAUAUAAAUAAUAUAUUGAUAAAAAUACCCGUAAGCUGCGACUGCCUAUAGAGAUGCGCCGUUCUCGAUUGAGACGGAUUUCCCAGAAAUGAAAUGCAAUCGCAUUCGGCGUCGCUGCGCAAUACGAAACUUCUUCGAGGGGUCAUUUUUCACUUCAAGUUGCAUAAAUAUAUACGUCAAAAAGACUGGCAUGUGUACCUUAUGAACUAACGACACUGUUUUGGUAUUAUAAUAGAAAGUGAGUUUGUCGAAUAUACAAUGCAAUAAUUAUAACUCAGUUUGAAAAGAAUCAACGUAAAUGUAGUUGCUAAGUAGUCAGCGCCUACAGGAUAUGUUGACUUUCUUUUCCUAUUGUAAUAAUUAUUCGUAAAACGUAUUUUUAAUAGUCGUAAUUAAUUUUAUAACUUUUUUUUCUUUUCCUUUCAAAAAUAGCGACAAGAGUAUCGAAGAUCGCAUUUUCGAGUUAUAUGGUCGUAAAUUCUUCUGCGACAAACGAUACAUAUGUCCUAUAUUCAUAGGGGUUUUAUCCAAAAGACUGAAAGUUGUGAGUUUGUUAUUAAUGGAAUGCGGAAACUUUGAAAGAAAAAGAAGUAAACUGAAAUGCAACUGAUUCUCUUAUAGUAAGAUAAAAUUUUUGUGAGAUAGAAAUGUAUAAUAUAAAUAUUAUUUCGAAAAAAAUAACAUUCUCUAUUUGUAGCCUGUUAUAGUCUUUGUUUAAGUAAAUUAUAUUGUUAGCCAGCCGCGAUUCCUCAUUUCUCAAUGAGAAAAAAAAAGAUAAAUCAAGUGAAUCAUAAAAAUAUAUAUUAACAUGUACUUGAAGUUUGAAUUUACAUGAAUCCAAACGUUGGAUUUUGCGUGAAAGAAAAAUUGAACCCUCGCGUGUUGCUAUUGCGCGGCCACGAGAUAUAUUACUUCAAACUUUUGUUGAGAGCCAUUUGACAAAAAAAUGCACCACGCGCAAAUAGUUUGAGUAGUUUAUUUGGGAUAGAUAGCCGAUGACAACGGGCAAAAUCUGAUCGCAUCGCGAGCUAUACGGGUCGAGGCACGUUAAUUUAGAUUUUUUUGUACGAAUCUUCAAUCGUGCCUCGUAUUACACACAUACACACUCAGCGAUUAAUCAAAUUAAAAUAUCAAGGAAACUGAAAAACUAUCGUGUAAUUGCUGAUGUCGUUUCGAUAAUUUUUUUUUCUCAUUACCUUUUUUGCUUUGAAACGAAAAUGAAAUAAAAAAAAAAAUAAAAGAAAAUGAUUUAUCGAAAGGGAAAAGAAAAGUAAUUGUGAAAAAAACUGCAUUAAGUGGGUCGUACUGCAUUCGACGGCAGGUACGUCGAUGCUGGGGAUUAUGUAAAAAGAAAAAGGCGCUCGCGCACUCGUUUGAUCUGUGUACCUAUAUUUAAAUAUAAAAAAAAAAGAAAAAGUAAUGUGGAUGAUUACUAUUAUAUAAAUGUGUAAUUGUAAUGGAGUUUUUGUACGCCGCUAUUUGUACACGAUUUCUAUUGUAUCUUUUCGUUUGUAUUAUUAUCUUAUACUGUACUAUUGUGUAACCGCUAUAUGGAAGAAAAAAAGAAAAAGUAAUGAUAAAGAGUUUGAGACGACGAAA